GGGGGACAGGAAAAAGAAAAGGGGGGGAAGGGAAGGAGCGCGAGAUCGAGAAAAUCCGGGGGGAGAAAAAAAAGGAGAAAACGGGAAAAAAAAAACCGGGAAAAAAAAAUCGGAUUUAAGGGAUCCGGGAACGGGUGAUGGAUCCGUGGGGGGAGGAGGAGGAGGAGGAGCCCGAGGUGAUUUUUGGGGAUGAGGAGGAGGAGGAAGAUCCCAACGGGAUGCAGGGAACCCCCGAGUCCGACCCGACCCUCCCGGACUCCGCCGAAAUCGUGGAACUGGACCCCGACCCUCCGUCCUUCCCCAAUCCCGAAUUCCCCGAGCGCGAAACCCUGCGCUGGACCGUGGUCCAGCAGAUCGACCCGGGAACGUCGGGAAAAAACGGGAAGAAACCCGCCGGGAGCGCCAAAUCGGCGAAUUUCUCCAACUUCAAGAGCAUCAUCGUUCUCCAGAAAAGCUACGAGUGCUCCGAGUGCGGGAAGAGCUUCAGCUGCAGCUCCCAUUUUUCCAAACACCGCCGGACGCACACCGGGGAAAAACCUUUCCGGUGUUCCCAUUGCGGAAAAAGCUUCAACGUCUCUUCCAAUCUUUACCGGCACCAACGCGGCCACGGAUCGGCGCCGGAUCCGGCGCCGCGGGGUCUCCCCUAUCAGUGCCAGGAGUGCGGGAAGAGUUUUCGGCGGAACAAAGAGUUGGCCACGCACCGGCGGCUUCACACCGGGGAUUUGCCGUUCCGCUGCGGCGACUGCGGGAAGAGCUUCUCGUGGAGCUCCCAUUGGUUGAGGCACCAACGGAUUCACACCGGAGAGAAACCCUACGAGUGCCCGGAGUGCGGGAAGAGCUUCUCCAGGAGUUCGCACCUUUACCGGCACCAGCGCGGCCACGCCGGCGGCCGCUCCUACAUCUGCACCUACUGCGGGCGCAGUUUCGGCAGCAUCCUCCACUUCGAGCGGCACCAGGGCACCCACACCGGCGUCAGGCCUUACAAGUGCUCGCUGUGCCGGAAAAGUUUCGGCGACGCGCCGGCGCUGGUGAAGCACCAACGCAUCCACCUGGGCGAGGGCCCGUUCCGGUGCGAGGAGUGCGGCAAAGGGUUCGGCGCCCGCUCGCAGUACGCGCGGCACCGGCGGAGUUUCCACGGCGGCGAGAAGCCGUACCGGUGCGGGGAUUGCGGGAAGAGCUUCUCCUGGAGCUCCCACUGGGAGAGGCACCAGAGGAUCCACACCGGGGAGAAGCCCUACGAGUGCCACGAGUGCGGGAAGAGUUUCGGCAGGACGUCGCACCUCUACCGGCACCAGCGGACGCACGCCGGCGGCCGGCCCCACGUCUGCGGCGAGUGCGGCAAGAGCUUCAACUCCACGCUCCACUUCCAGAAGCACCAGCGGGCGCACGGAGCCGGCGCGAGGAAAAGCUGCGGAGACGGCGGGGAAUCCUCCCCGGAGCCGUCGGCGUUGGCCAAGCGCCGGCGGGUUCAUGGGGAGGUCCAAAAAAGUGGGAAGUCUGCGAUUGAGUCCCAAAAAAAUGGGAAAUCUUCCAUGGAAUCCCAAAAAUCCUUCAUUGAGACACAAAAAAAUGAGGAAUCCGCAACUGAAUCCCAAAAAUCCUUCGUUGAGUCCCAAAAAAAUGGGAAAUCCGUCAUUGGGACACAAAAAAGUGAGGAAUCCGCAACUGAAUCCCAAAAAUCCUUCGUUGAGUCCCAAAAAAAUGGGAAAUCCUCCAUUGGAUCCCAAAAAUCCUUCGUUGAGUCCCAAAAAAAUGGGAAAUCCGUCAUUGAGACACAAAAAAGUGAGGAAUCCGCAAUUGAAUCCCAAAAAUCCUUCGUUGAGUCCCAAAAAAAUGGGAAAUCCUCCAUUGGGUCCCAAAAAUCCUUCGUUGAGUCCCAAAAAAAUGGGAAAUCCGCAGUUGAGUCCCAAAAAUUGUUCGUUGAGUCCCAAAAAAAUGGGAAAUCCAUCAUUGAGACACAAAAAAAUGAGGAAUCCGCAACUGAAUCCCAAAAAUCCUUCAUUGAGUCCCAAAAAAAUGGGAAAUCCUCCAUUGGAUCCCAAAAAUCCUUCGUUGAGUCCCAAAAAAAUGGGAAAUCCGUUGUUGAGACACAAAAAAAUGGGAAAUCUGUCAUUGAGACACAAAAAAUUGGAAAAUCCUCCGUUGAGUCCCAAAAAAAUGGGAAAUCUUCCACUGAAUCCCAAAAAUUCUUCAUUGAGUCCCAAAGAAAUGGGAAAUCCGUUGUUGAGACACAAAAAAUUGGAAAAUGCUCCCUUGAAUCCCAAAAAAAUGGGAAAUCUUCCAUGGAAUCCCAAAAAUCCUUCAUUGAGUCCCAAAAAAAUGGGAAAUCUGUCAUUGAGACACAAAAAAUUGGAAAAUGCUCCGUUGAAUCCCAAAAAAAUGGGAAAUCUUCCAUGGAAUCCCAAAAAUCCUUCGUUGAGUCCCAAAAAAAUGGGAAAUCCGUUGUUGAGACACAAAAAAAUGGGAAAUCCUCCACUGAGUACCAAAAAAAUGGGGAAUUAUUCGUUGAGUCCCAAAAAAUUGGGAAAUCAUCCGUUGUAUCCCAAAAAAAUGGGAAAUCUUCUGUAGAAUCCCAAAAAUCCAUCGAUGAAUCCCAAAAAAAUGGGAAAGCCUCCAUUGAGUACCAAAAAAAUGGGGAAUUAUUCGUUGAGUCCCAAAAAAUUGGGAAAUCUUCUGGAGAAUUCCAAAAAUCCUUCAGUGAAUCCCAAAAAAAUGGGAAAUUUUCCAUCGAAUCCCAGAAAUCCUUUGAUGAAUCCCAUGAUUCCAGCGGGAAUUUUGGGAUGGGAUCCCAAUUCCGGCGGCAGCUCCGGAGUCACGGAGAGGAGGAAAUGCCGGAGGGGUGAAAGAAAAUUUGGGAAUUUUUAUUUUUAUUUUUUUUUCCCGGAAUUCCCGGCCGUAGAUUUGGGUAGGGUAGAGUAGGAAAGUAGGGUAGAUAUGGAAAGCAAAAAAAAAAAAUUUAAAAAAUGGAAUUUCUGUUUUUUUCUGGAAAAAUGUGAGUUUUCCCAGAAAAAAAAAAACCAGGAUGGAGUCGGAGAAAAUCCUGGAAUUUUUUUUUUGGGGAGGGUUUGAGGUUGGAAAAAUCGGAAUUCCGUAAUUUAUUGUAUUUAUUCAGCUGGAAGAUCCCGAAAUCAGGAAAAAAAAAAUUAAAAAAAAAAAAAUUUGGGAAUUGGUCCCAAAAUCCUCGUGGAUGGAAUUUUUUUUUUUUUUUUUUUUUUUUUUUUUUUUUCUGGAUGGAAAAUGUUGGGGGUGGGAAUUCCGGAGGUUUUCCCGGUGUUUUUGGGUUUUUUUUGGGAAUUUUUGGAAUUUUCUUCUUUGUUUGUAAUGUGAAUAAAAAAUAGAUUUAGUGAGGAA